CUCUUACCGAAGUCCGUAGAUUCCAGCCAAGGGAAUGAGGACCAGACGAGGAUUUGAAGUAGGGUUAGACGAUGAUCUGGUUAUUUAUGUUGUCUAGAGUAGACUAGGAGCCAUGCCUUUCAACGACCCAGCAGCCCUCGCGAACAUAGCAGUCUAGUAGCGUUUCCGUUUCGCGAGACAACGCGAGAGGACCCGAGAGGACGCGAGAGGACGCGAGAGGUCUAGCUUUCGGUGGCCAGCGAGCUCGUGAGAACGACGGUUCCGAGGGUUUCGAAAGACGGAAAGCGAAGCUCGGAAGGAUUUGACGGACGGAGAUCGAGGCUAUAAAUGUUCCUACAGUCUCGACGGACCGAGAGCUAGGCACUCGAAGGUCCUAAUUAGGGUUUCGAAGGCCAGAGCUCUAGGCGUCGAAAGGUCCUUAGGGUUUCGCGGGGGGGCGUGCGAGCGAGACCGACGCGAUGGCUCCGUUUAGCGGCGGGCCGGAGCGCAUCGUGGUGGCGGUGAGCAAGGACCCGUCGAGCCGCGACGCGAUGAAGUGGGCGAUUCGGAAGAAGAUGAAGCGCGCCGAUGACAUGCUCAUCCUGCUGCACAUCGUCUCGCGGGUUCCUGUGCAAGGCCCGUACGGCUCGGCGGCGUCGGGCGGCGAGAUAUACCAGAGCGAGGCGAGCACUGCCGUUUUUGUGGGGUACCUGCGAGACGUCGUGAAGCCCAUGAUGCUGCAGCUCAAGGAGUCCAUCGACCCCAAGUUGCAGCCGCACGUGGAGCUGAAGGUGGGGCGCAGCAACUGGCGAGUGAAGGGCAUUAUGGAGGAGGCCAUGCGCCUGCACGCCUCCAUCCUCGUCAUCGGCGCGCAGCCCAGCCUCCGCAGUGACUCGUUUGGCACGGGCGCGUAUUUCAUCCGCAACAAGCCGCCACACAUGUCGGUGUACGUCAUCCAGGGGGGCAAGCUGCUGCUCAGCCACGAGGUGGACGGCCAGAUCUCCGGCUCCCCUGCUGCCCUCGACGCCGUCGCACUCGACGCAGCACCGGCAGAGGCAGCAGCAGCAGGAGCCGGAGGAGGAGGAGGGGGAUUGGGAGGGAGAGGGGGAGGGGGGUUUGCCGAAGGAGUGAGUCCUCUGCUGUCCAUGUCACCUGGUCAGUUCGAGGGCGGCGGGCCCCUAUUGGUCGAUCAGCUGCUUGCUGCCGGCCUGCGAUUGGACUCGCCGGCCGCUGAGCUGGCGGCGCUGAGGCUGCCGCCCGGAGUGCUGGAGCAGCUGCUGGCCGCACAGGUGGCACCUGGCAAGCCGGGGAAGAGCAGCAGGAGGAAUAAGAGCCCGUUGCCAGCACCGCCCCCUGCGCGCAGCAGCAGCAACAACAACAUAAGCAGCAGCAGCAGCAUGAAUAUCGGCAACAGCGGCAGCAUGGGCGGGAACAUGGGCAGCAGCAUGGGCGGCAGCAGGUCGGAGGAGAUGGCUCUCUUUGGCAGCAGCCCGGGCGGGGACCCGCACCAGCAGCUGCUGCUGCUGCAGCAACAGCUGCAGCUUCAGCACUUGCAGCAGCAGCAGCAGGAGGGGGAGUUGCAGCAGCAGCAGGACUCGAUGUACGGGCAGCUGCAGGAGGGCGAGAAGAGGAAGCCGCGAUCCAAGGCCAAGUCGCGCAAGAGCAGCCGAGACCAGCUCGCCAUUACCAGCAGUUCCUUUGACACUCACCAGGGUACAGUUGACGGGCGUAUGGGGAUGGGGGAGAGCGGGUAUGACGAGCUGGGGUACACUGGUAGCGACAGCAGCAGCGGCGCCAUGCAGCUCAUUUCGGGUCUCAGCAGUAACGGCAGCAGCAACAGCAGCACCAGCACACUCACUGCCACCUCCCCUUACUCUCAUCUCACCGGCACCAGCACCAGCACCAGCACCAGCAACGCCAACGCCAAUGCGAAUGCCAGCCGACUGGGGCAGUUUCUCACCCCGCCUCGCUCCCGCAGUGGCAUGGACGGCCUGGCCGCUGUACUCGGUAAAGACAGCCUCUCUGCAAGCUCUGGCCCCCUGCCCCGCCUCUCCCCGUCCUUCAAGCCCUCCAAGGCACAUCUGAACAGGGAGGCGUAUGGGGGAGGGGAAUAUGAGGGGGGUGACUAUGGGGGAGGGGAUUAUGGGGAAGGCGGUGCUGCUGGUGGUGGGGGGAGGAGGCUGAGAGCGAGUCGCAGCACGGUUGGCAGGCACAGCAGAGGGAGGAGCGGUGGCGGUGGUGGUGGGGACGAGGCUCGAUUGUCUGGGCGGAAGAGCAACGCAGCGAGUGAGAUAGAGCACAUGCGGCUACAGGCCAAGGAGGCAGAGACCGCGCGGCUGAACGCCGAGCGGCGGCUGCUGCAGAUGCGGGCCAAUGCCCAGGCCGGGCGGAGCGAGGGGCCGGGCUUUGACCCGUCUCUUUCGGAGACGUCUAUAUUUGAGGCGCCUCAUACACAGGUGUGGGUAAACCCACAGGCAGGGCGGGGCGAGGGGACUGGUGAGCCGAGCCCAUGGGGAGGGAGAGGGGAGGAGGGAGUAGGGCAGGUGAGGGGAGAGGUUGGGGGGAGGAGAGGGGGAGGGGAGGGGGAGGGGAACGGGCAGUCUCAGUACCAAUUUGAGCUGGAGCAGUCGCAGAAAGAGUUUGAAGCUGCCCGGGUGAAACUCGCCUCCGUGGAAGCAUCCUUGGCCCGGGCAGCGGGCAGAACGAAUGCGGACGAGAGAGGUGGGAGAGGAGGGGCAAGAACAGUGCCAGCAGCAGGGGGAAGAGGGGGAGGAGGCGGAGGAAGGGGGGGAGGGGGAGGAGGAACGCGGGGGGGAGGGGAUACAGGAAGGCGAAGGGAGCAGUCAGGGCUGUCAGGGAGACUCGGCAGAGGCGCCAUGCACGGGGCAGUUGACUCGUCGCCUGCUGCUGUUGCAGCAGCGGCUGCGGCGGCAGCGGCGGCAGCUCAGAGACUAGCGAGGAGAGGGGGCAAUCCGAAUCCCGGCUUCGAGGAAAGUGCCAGGGAACGGUCGAGAUGGGAGGAGUCAGGGAGGGGGAGGGAUGAUGAGGAGCAGCAGGAGAGUGGAGAGGAAGGGGAGGAGGAAGGGGAGGAGGAAGGGGAGGAGGAGGAAGAGGAGGAGCAAGGGGAGGAGGAGGAGGAGGAGGAGGAGGAGGAGGAGGAGGAGGAGGAGGAGGAGGAGGAGGAGGAGGAGGAGUUACAGAUUGACAUUCUGAGUGCAUCAGGUAGCGGGGUGGUGGGGUAUACAGACGGGUCUACCCUCGACCUCGGCUCGUUAUCCUCCUUCUCACCUCAGUACCAGGUCUCAAACAGCCGUCCAGCCUCUAGCAGCAAGCGUGCUUUGACUAAAAAGGUUUCCGCAAAUAGCAACAUUUCCUUCAAUGGCGGGUUUGACGCCUCUUGCAGCGAUCUCCAGGUGGACCUUCUGGGCGGCAGCUCGUUUUCUGCAGACAGAGGAAUGGGCGGCAGCAGCGCGUUUUCGCCGGACAGCGAAGCGGGCGGCACAGAGGCAGAGGAGAAUCCAGAUGGUGACGUGGAUCUGUCUUUAUCCAUGUCAGAGCUCCAGAUCGACCUGCUUAGCCCGGGGGAGAGCUCCAUAAGUGCCAUGAGGGGCGGUAGUAGAUCGAGAGGAAAUGAGGGGGAAGAGGAGGAGCGGAGGGAGGAGGAGGAGUGGAGGGAGGAGGAGAUGGGAGAGAGGCAGGAGGAGGAGGGGGAGGAGGGAGAUGGAUGUGAGCUCGAUCUAGGGCUGAGUCUGGUGGGGAGUUUUGGAAAGGAUGCGAAUGCAAGUGGUUAUAGUGGCAGGGGCAGGGGAAUUGGAAACAGCAAUGACGGUGGUAGCAGCAGUGGCAGCAGGGGCAGUGGCAGUGGCAAUGGCAGUGGGAGUGGCAGCAGGGGUGGUGGCAGCAGUGGGAGUGUGGGCGAGAGUGGUGGAGAGCGAAAGAGGGAGGGGCAGGGGAAGGGAGAGCCGCAGGGGAAGGGAGGAGAGGGGGAAGGGAAGAGUAAGAAGGCUGCGGCUGCGAAGCAUGUGAUUGGCCGAGGGCAAUACCGCGUGUACAGCUAUGAAGAGAUUCAGGCAGCAACGGACAAUUUCAACCCCAAGAACCGGCUGGGCGAGGGUGCCUUUGGCACGGUGUAUGGGGGCCGGCUGCACCACACACGCGUGGCGGUGAAGGUGCUGAAAGCGACUGAUGUUGUGAAGGCGACCAACGAGUUUCAACAGGAGGUGGAGGUCCUCAGUCAGAUCCAGCACCCGCACGUGGUGAUGCUGCUGGGGUGCUGCCCGGCGCGCCACUGCAUAGUGUACGAGUUCAUGGCCUGCGGAACUCUCGAGGAGCGCCUGCUCUGCGCCAACAACUCCCCGCCCCUCCCCUGGUUCGCGCGCCUCCGCAUCGCCGCUGAAGUCGCCUCCGCCCUCCUCAUCCUGCACGCGCGCCCCAUCCCCAUCGUGCACCGCGACUUAAAGCCCGCCAACAUCCUCCUCGACAAGAACCUAGUGGCGAAGCUCGGGGAUGUGGGGCUUGCGAAACUGAUGCCGGGGACUGGGUCGGAGAUCCACACACACGCGCACGACUCGGUGCCAGUGGGGACUCUGGCUUAUGUUGAUCCGGAGUUUCAACGAACGGGGGAUUACGGGCCGAAGUCGGACGUGUACGCGCUCGGGAUUAUUUUAUUUGAUAUUCUGACGGGGCGCAAGCCGACCACUUAUGAGGAGUUAGAAGAGGCGGUGGAUGAGGACGAUGAGGAAGCUUUCAGGAAACUUCUGGACGAGAAGGCGGGCGAUUGGCCAAUAGGGUUGGCCAUGGAGGUGGCGAGGAUGGCAGUGCGGUGCAGUGAGAUGCGGAGGAAGAAGCGGCCGGACCUUGAGAGUGAGGUGAUGCCGCUGCUAGCACGCGCGAGGGACGAGGCGGCCGAUGCAGAGGAAGCUGCAGGGAAGGAGGGUGGGCGGUCGGGGGGGAGUGGGGAUGUGCCCAAGGGGCUGCUGUGCCCCGUCAACAAGAAAAUAAUGGUGGAGCCGGUGCUAGCAGCGGACGGCUACACGUACGAGAAGGCGGCCAUUCAGAUGUGGUUGGAGCGAACUGACCUCUCCCCCAUGACCAAUGAGCCCUUGCCACACAAACACCUCAUGCCGAACCUCGUGGUCCGGGAUUUGAUUGCCGAUUGGACCAAAAAGAAUGUAAAAAUUGAAGGUUGAGGUAGGAAAAAUGAACCCCUAGAAUUGGGCGCUUCCCACCAUCUCGAAAAUUGUGUGUUUGAAUGUGGGGAUUGUCCAUGUUGGGAUGGCUUUGCUUCACAAAUGUAUAGCCUUACUCUUAAAGCGAGGAUCUCAAGAAGCAGAAAACCAAACCCAAAGGUUUUGGUUUCGGGGGGUCGUGAAAAUUGCGAGGUGUAGUGAGGGGUGUUGGGGGGCCGAUGUUACAGUUUCGCUCAUUCGCCAACCCAAUUCCAAACCUUAUGGAUUUGGUUUCGUGCUUCUUGAGAUCCUCGCUUUAAGUACAAAGAUACCGUAUGGCCUGAUUUG